CGACAAGUUACGAAGAAAUUUAAAGUGGUUCAAUACUAAACUGAGAGCAUGAUUCUAUUCAGCGUUGCCAAAUCCAGAUCAUUGCUCGAUGUGCAAAUUCCUCCAUGGCGAAGGCUCUUCUCGCAAAGUGUGCCUCGAAACUCGUCAGACCCAUUGCGCAUUCUUUUCUGCGGAUCCGACGAGUUCAGCUGCGCAUCUCUGAAAGCUCUUCAUGAAGAGCAUCGCCACAAUGAGAAGCUUGUAGAGUCGUUGGAUGUUAUGGUUUUGCCGCCAAGACGCAUGGGAAGAGGUUUCAAAACACUGAGAGAAGUACCUUGUAAGUUGCUGGCAGAAAAUUUGAGAUUGAAUAUUCACCAGCGCAAAACCUUCACAGGAUGGGAUCUCCCUGAAGGAACAAAUCUUGUGAUAGCAGUGUCCUUCGGACUAUUCGUCCCGCCCAGAAUCUUAACUUCGGCCAAAUACGGCGGACUCAACGUGCAUCCUUCUCUGCUCCCUGAUCUUCGUGGGCCUGCUCCCAUCCACCAUGCGAUUCUCAAAGGAUAUGACUACACGGGAAUCUCAUUACAAACACUAGACCACAGAAUCUUCGAUCAUGGAACUAUACUGUCUCAAACCUCCCGUCCCGGAAUAUCGAUACCUCCAGGCUGCACCGUCCAAGAACUGACAAGCCUCCUGGCACCAAUUGGAGCGCAAAUGUUAAUUCAAGGUCUACGAGAUGGAGUCUAUGUGCCGCCUCGCCAGAAUACAGGAUGGAUAGCAGAAGAGCUGAGCGACGAGCAGCUCGUCCACGCGCCCAAGGUCACAAAGGCUGAUGGACAUAUAAAAUGGACUAAGUGGACAGGGGAUGACAUUGUGCGAAGGGUACGAGUUCUUGGGUCUGUAUGGACUCAUGCUGUCAACAAGAAGGGAGAUAAAAAGCGUUUAAUUUUCCAAGAUGCUGAGACCAUAUCCUCAAAGGAUAUCGGGAAUCAUGGAGCAAAAGUCCGCCUCCUUGAGGACACUGGGGUUGUCUUGGAGACUCUGAUUUGGGAUCAAGGCGAUGGCAGCUGUGCUAUACGCACUCUGGACGACAGCGUAAUUCGUGUGAAGAAGAUUAAGGAGGAAGGGAAGUCACAGCGUGAUGCAAUGGCGGGACUGAGGGGUUACCUCGCUGAUGACUAAAUCUAGGCCUAGGCUUUGAGAUCUAUUAUGUUUAUCAACAUUGAAGUCGGGCUUUUUGUCGUGUCAUGAGGAAAGGUAUGGUUCGUGCCAUGGUAGCAUAAGUCGUUCAGUUUUCUCCGCCUAUCCACUUCGUAUGACACUUAGAGGGUAUGGUUCAACUCCUAGUUCCUUUCCAACCUCCAUGUCAAGUCUCAACGACUCAUGCAAGUCUUGUCCGAAUCCAUUCUGCCCAUUUGCAGAGAUCCUCCAUAUAUUCUAGCAGCUUGCCCAAAUCUGCCCGCGUAAGUUCUUUGUCCUUCAUUCUACUAUCGUCGCCACGAGGAAUGACAUUCUCCUCGACGACUUCCACAAUUCCAUCCUCGAGUACCUUUAAGGUAAUAUUGGCAGUGGAAUUUCGGAAUGGGAAGACAACUUGAAGGUGUGGAAUCGGAUGAACCCACAGGGUAACGUCAAGCUUGACCUCCGGCACAGCAGAGGGAUGCUCGUCGGUCACAGAAGUUGAUUUCAUAAAAUCCGCCAACUCAUCUCUGGUAGUUAGAUUGGAUUUCGGCACCGGCGCUGCGGUGUUUCCUUGCUUGGGUAAUCUCUCAACUUCGUUCGUCUGUGAUCCAAAGCUGUUCUCUAGCAAAGUUGCGACAAAAGCAUACUGUCGAAGCAGGGGGAGCAUUUCGAUAAGCUGCUGAGGAUGAGAGAAUGGAAUUUCAGUCACCACUUGUGAAUAUAUUUGCUUAUAGAUAUACAAUGUGUUCUGAUGAGGCUUAAUGAUAGCUUUCUGAUCUUUGUCGUAGAUGCGGACAUCACGGCUGCGAGAGAUUGCCCGGAGCUCGCUAGGGUCCUGAGCACUUCCAGGGGGAAUAGGGAAGAAAAGGCUGUCGAAAGUUGGGGAGUACCCAAACAAUGGGUUUGCGUUAACGUUGGCGUAUGAGUGCAACCGGAGCCAGUCGUUCUGGGGCAGGAUGACAGGAGGGUCAAAGGUGGCAACGAACAUAACCUGUGGCACCCUGGCUGUUGAGAGAUCUGGCUGGAGCAUCUCCAUGCUAGCAUCCUUGUUUUCUUCUGAGUGCGGAAGCACGACGUUAUCGGGUUCCUGCCAGUCCAGAUUGGGACGCUUAGGGUCCAUCGAGGGCUCUGCCUUCACCACAUCCUUGGAGAUCCAGUCCUCAGAGACUCGAACAGGCAUGUGACCCAUGCCUCCUGUUGAAGCACACCCAAUGAGAAGAGACCAGACCGGUUCAUGAGAAGAAGUGAAUGAAGCCAUCUUAGUGUUGGUUGGCUGUACGAGGCGAAGGGCCUUCCAGUACUGGAGCGCGAGGCCCACUCGGUCUUUUGAAUGCAUAACGGGGUAGCCAUGUCGCGUGCACAUCGCCAUGGUAGACAGUUCACUGUCCGGCUUGCCACCCAUUCCGGGUUCAUCACGAAGCCGAGCAACAUCCCAUUUGUGAAGCCUUUCUAAGCUCACAUAAAUACCAGCCAAUGCCUCAUGACAGUCGAGACCAGGGAUGAUGCUAAGUUUAUCAAGGACGGCUAGUCGCUCGAGAUUGACCGCGAACUUGUCAAGAGUUUUUGUCAAUGGACUCUGGUUUGGAAGAAGUUGCAAGUCCCUCA